CAUGCAAAGAAGACAAACACUUCUUCUUCUUCUUCUCUUCUGUUCUAUUUUCUCUCUCGAGCUGGGUCUUUUGUCUACUGUCGUCAAAGUGAUUCCGCAUGUUUCAGACAUCUCUCUGUUAAGACUUGAUCAUAUGAGGCGGCAUGCAUGGUCUUGAAUGCACAGCCUAUUAAACUGAGAUUUACCGACCAGUGAGUGAGGUGUCUUCCUGUUCUCUGUUCUUGGGAGAAACCAAAGGCAGAUACCUUCUGCAUAUAAAUAGAUUAUGGAACAUGGUUUGCCGUCUAUGAAGUCAAUCAAAUCAUUGAAGUCAUUUGUUAAGAGAAGAAACAAUACUCAAGAUGUGGGUAAAUCCGGUUGGAAAGUGAAACCCUUUUUGGCUCUCAUAUGUACAGCACUUUUGAUCUUUUGGUAUAAGACCACAAAUAUUCAAUUCGAAGAGACUGAGCUAGAAGAAGCAGAUUAUCCCUUUGACAUGGCAAAGGAAUCCGAACCAGUCGAUGACAAAUUAAAAGGCUUGCCACGUGGUAUCCUACAGCCUAGAUCAGACCUUGAACUAAAGCCUCUCUGGUCUAGUAAUAGUCUGAGGUCAAAGGGUGUUGAAAUGACUAACCGUAACUUGUUGGCCGUACCAGUAGGCAUUAAGCAAAAGAGUAAUGUCGACGCUAUGGUAAAGAAGUUUCUUCCAGCGAAUUUCACGGUUGUUCUUUUCCAUUACGAUGGAAAUAUGGAUAAAUGGUGGGAUCUUGAGUGGAGUUCAAAGGCCAUACAUAUAGUCGCACAGAACCAGACUAAAUGGUGGUUUGCGAAACGAUUUCUCCAUCCGGAUGUUGUAUCCAUUUAUGAUUAUAUAUUUCUGUGGGAUGAGGAUCUUGGAGUAGUGAACUUCACACCAGAUAGGUAUUUGAAGAUAGUUAAAUCAGAGGGACUGGAGAUAUCUCAACCGGCUUUGGACCGAAACUCUACUGAAAUCCACCACAAGAUCACACUCCGUUCCAAAACAAAGAAAUUUCAUAGGAGAGUUUACAUCAACAGAGGCACUAAGAAAUGUUCUAAUACUAGUGAAGAUCCUCCUUGCACAGGAUUUGUUGAAGGAAUGGCUCCUGUGUUUUCAAGAGCUGCUUGGUUCUGCACUUGGAAUCUUAUACAGAAUGAUUUGGUUCAUGGAUGGGGAAUGGAUAUGAAACUAGGGUAUUGUGCACAGGGAGACAGGAAGAUGAAGGUAGGGAUCGUGGAUAGAGAGUACAUAUUUCACCAAGGCAUUCAAACUUUAGGUGAAAGUGUACAUACUGAUAAGAAGACGGCAGCUGGUGAUACUAGGACUAAUAGACAGGGCCAUACAACGUUUGAUUCGAGAACCUCGAUAAGGAGGCAGUCGACAUGGGAGCUUCAAAGAUUUGAAGAACGAUGGAAAAAAGCGGUGGAAGAAGACAAGAACUGGAUCGAUCCAUUUUCAUCGAGCUCGAAGACGAAGCAAAAGAGUAACAGCGUUAGUAACAGAAGAUUAAGGCGUGGUAACAGUAAUACUCACCGAGUAAAACAUAAGAGAAGUCAAGGGACAGCUUAACACACAAGUAGCAUAAACAAGGACUUCUAUACACGAGAGAUUUGCUUUAUGUAAUUAGUUUAUUAUAUUAUUAAACUCUGUUAUUUAGGGAGAAAAAUAAGCAGAUUUCCUUUUUUUUAACAUCCUAAAUAUAAUACUUUAAAUAUUGAAAAGAAAAAAGAAAAUCAAAUAAGAUAAAAGCUAAAAUGAG